UUUUACGCAGUUGUGACGUCCAUUCGACCCGGCCGGUGCUUCUUCCAUUUGUAACGAUACGGUCACACAAUUAAUCUGCUAGCAUUAUCUUGCCGACAAGCGCAUUCUACCACCAUGUCUACCCCAGACGCGGCUGUAGCCGAUGAACCGGAGGCGUCAAACAGAUUCACCUUUAUGGCUUCAGUCAGCAAGACCCCGAAAAAGCAGAUCCAGUUUGCAGAUGACAUGCAGGAAUUUAGCAAGUUUCCCACCAAAACUGGGCGUAGAUCUCUGUCGCGUUCUAUUUCUCAGUCAUCCACUGACAGCUACAGUUCCGUUGCCUCUUACACAGACAGCUCAGAUGAUGAAAUGUCCCCUCGAGACAAACAGCAAACAACCUCGAAAGGCAGCAGUGAUUUUUGCGUCAAGAAUAUUAAACAAGCUGAGUUCGGCAGGAGAGAGAUUGAAAUUGCAGAGCAAGAAAUGACAGCUCUGAUUUCCCUGAGGAAGAGGGCACAAGGAGAAAAGCCUCUAGCUGGAGCGAAGAUAGUGGGAUGCACACACAUUACAGCACAGACUGGGGUGCUUAUUGAAACUCUGUGUGCACUUGGGGCUCAGUGUCGCUGGUCGGCAUGUAAUAUCUACUCCACUCAGAAUGAAGUGGCUGCUGCUUUGGCUGAGUCAGAUGUUGCAGUCUUUGCUUGGAAAGGAGAGUCAGAAAAUGAUUUCUGGUGGUCUAUAGAUCGCUGUGUGAAUGGAGAUGGUUGGCAGCCAAAUAUGAUUCUGGAUGAUGGAGGAGAUUUAACUCACUGGGUCUAUAAGAAAUAUCCAAAUGUUUACAAAAAUAUCCGUGGUAUUGUGGAGGAGAGUGUGACUGGAGUGCACAGGUUGUAUCAGCUCUCUAAGGCUGGAAAGCUGUGUGUCCCUGCUAUGAAUGUUAAUGACUCUGUCACUAAGCAGAAAUUUGACAAUUUGUACUGCUGCCGAGAAUCUAUAUUAGACGGAUUGAAAAGAAGCACGGAUGUUAUGUUUGGAGGAAAACAAGUCAUUGUGUGUGGCUAUGGAGAGGUUGGAAAAGGCUGUUGUGCAGCUCUAAAGGCACUUGGUGCCAUCGUGCACGUCACAGAGAUUGACCCGAUCUGUGCCCUACAAGCAUGCAUGGAAGGUUUUCGUGUGGUGAAAUUGAAUGAAGUUAUAAGACAGGUGGAUGUGGUCAUCACUUGUACAGGUAACAAAAACGUGGUAAUGAGGGAGCAUCUUGACCGCAUGAAGAAUGGUUGCAUCGUGUGCAAUAUGGGACACUCUAAUACUGAGAUUGAUGUGACUAGUCUACGCACCCCUGAGCUAACAUGGGAGCGUAUCCGAUCUCAGGUGGACCAUGUAAUCUGGCCUGAUGGGAAGAGAAUAGUACUCCUGGCUGAGGGUCGUCUCCUCAAUCUGAGUUGUUCAACUAUUCCUACUUUUGUUCUUUCAAUAACUGCAACUACAGAGGCACUAGCAUUAAUUGAACUAUACAAUGCCCCUGAGGGCAGAUACAAACAAGAUGUGUACCUGCUGCCUAAGAAGAUGGAUGAAUAUGUUGCCAGCUUGCACCUGCCUUCCUUUGAUGCCCAUCUAACUGAGCUAACUGAUGACCAAGCCAAAUACCUUGGACUCAACAAAAAUGGUCCUUUCAAACCUAAUUAUUACAGAUACUGAUGCUUGAAAACUGGAAAAAUCACCUAUGAAAUAUCAAUAGAGCUUUAGCACGAAAAUCACCAGCCUCCUUUGUUUAUGCAUUCUGUGAUGUUAUUGUCUGUGCUUCCUUGUGUGUUUGCAUGUUUUCACUCUGUUAAUGUAGAGAGGAUGCUGUAUAUUUUGCAAUGUGGCAGAACUCCAGGAUUCUUAUUGCUGUAAUUCUGUUAGUGUUAAAAGUUAAUUAAAGGGAGAGUAUUACAUAUUUAUAGUUAUUAAAAGAAGAUAUUUGCAGUGCAGAGAGAUUCAUUAUUUAAAAGCAAUUGGAAAGAAACCUAGAACUGUUGACAUGUGGCAUUGUCAAAUUUGCUAUUUAUGAACAUGAUUUGCCAAAUGUCUAUAUCACUUCAUAGACAAAAAUAGCAUCCAUAAAACCUGUACGCUUUUAGAAGGCAUGGCACUUUCCUUUUUGUAGAAGAAGGUAAUUAUAAGGGUUGAGCUUCUCUCUCGCUCCCACUAUAAGGGUGGUUUAUUUCAUAGAGCAAUAUAACAAUUAUGUAUUUUCUGUCUGAUGUUAGAUUACUUUUUGGUGUUUUGUUUAAAACUGUGCAUGUAUAUCCACUGAAGUUUACCAAACACACACACUUACUCUAAUUCUCUCAAGACUAUACUUUCCCUUUAAGUACCUUUUAGGACAUGAAAUGUCUCCUUGGAGCCCUGCUAAUUCUACUGCCUUAAUCCACUUUGGCCCCUCUCCUGCAUUUUUGAUUAUGUAGUUUGUCUUUGAACAGAGAUAGACAAUCCCAAAAUCCCAAGCAGGAAUUUACAUAUUUAAUUAAUUGGAAGUGGUACAAAAUGUGCUGAAACUAAUUAUUUUGUGGACUCCAGAAAAGCUUUUGUUCUUGUAACUUGGCAGAAACUCCUGGGUUAAGAUUAUUUUGGUUGGUUUUUUUAUGUAUAUACCACAUAUGCUGUCAUAUGUGUUAUAUACAUAUUAGGACCGUUAUUGUUUAUUAUUUUCAUUAACGACCUAACAGAAGGUCUGGAGAGCAUGGUGUCAAUUUUUGCAGAUGAUACCAAAUUGUGUAAAGUUAUAAAUGCGGAGGGGGAUGCUGAGUCGCUUCAGAACGACUUAGUUAAAUUAGAAGCUUGGGCAGCGAAAUGGAGAAUGCGCUUCAAUACAGACAAGUGUAAGGUAAUGCACUUUGGUAACAAGAACAAAAAUAACACCUACCUACUAAAUGGGGUAAAAUUAGGGGAUUCUGUACUGGAAAAGGACUUAGGUGUCCCCAUAGAUAGCAAACUAAGAAGCAGUACCCAAAGUAGGACUGCAGCAAAGAAAGCUAAUAAGAUAUUAGCAUGCAUAAAACGGGACAUUGAUGCUAGGGACGAGAGUAUUAUACUCCCGUUAUAUAAAUCACUUGUGAGGCCACACCUUGAAUACUGUGUACAAUUCUGGGCACCAUACUACAAAAAUGAUAUCCUGAAAAGGUUCAGAGGCGGGCGACCAAACUAAUUAAGGAUAUGGAGACGCUGGAAUACGAGGAAAGUCUUGCAAGACUAGGCAUGUUUUCACUGGAAAAGAGGAGAUUAAGAGGGGACAUGAUCAACAUCUACAAAUAUAUAAGGGGACAACAUACAGAUCUUGCGCAGGACCUGUUUUUGGUUAGAUCAACACAGAGAACUCGUGGAUACUCACUCAGGUUAGAGGAGAGGAGAUUCCGCACAAUACGGCGUGUAGGCUUUUUUACGGUAAGGACGAUACGUGUUUGGAAUUCCCUGCCUGAGGGAGUUGGAAUGGCCGACUCAGUCAACACCUUUAAGAAUGGGUUAGAUAAUUCCUAAUGGAUAAGGAUAUCCAGGGUUACGGGGCAUAGUCACGCACUAUGGUUAUUAUAAAAAAGAGGGGUAAAACGUAACAGCAGUCAUCAACAUCAGUCAAAAUUUUAUUCAAAAUAAUCCUUCAUAGGAGACCAUAAAUAGGUUGAACUCGAUGGACAAUUGUCUUUUUUCAACAUUAGAUACUAUGUUACUAUGUCUCUAUGCACACUGGACACAACGUGAAAAACAGCAGGAGUAAUUAUCAUGUCUGAUAAACUGGUGUACAUAAUAUUGAAUACAAGGUGUGACAGUUUAAUAACCGAAGAUGCUCAUUUUUGUACAGUUCUGAUUGGUGCUCCUUUUCUUGUCGUAUGUCUACAAAAGGUGAGGGCUUCUGAUAGGCAAGGAUCCUAAAUGUUGAAAAGAAAAUGUACAAUGUAUAAUAACAUCUUGGAGCACAAUAGGGCAGACUAGUAAUUACAUACACAGGACGUUUUUACACGUGAAAAUGGACAUGUUUGUUGCAGCUUUACAACAGGUCUUUAAAGUCACACAGGAGGAUUAGCACUAUUCUAAGCAACUACAGGUGACGCACCCACUCCUCUUCCAUCUACAUCUCUGAUCUUAUCUCCCUUUACUCUCCCACCCGUCCUCUUCGCUCUGCUAAUGCACGAUGACUUUCCUGCCUACGGAUUACUUCCUCCUACUCCUACCGCCAAGAUUUUUCACGUACUGGUCCAGUUCUCUGGAAUUCCCUACCUCUCCCCCCUCAGACUCUCCACCUCUCUACAAAACUUCAAACGUGCUCUCAAGAACCACUUCUUCACCAAACCCAGCCAAAUCUCAUCCGAACCCUCUGUUCCACGUUCUCUAUGUACUCCAUCUGUGUCACCCCUGUCUGUCUACCCCUCCCCUAUAGAAUGUAAACUCUCACGAGCGGGGCCCUCUUCCCUCAUGUGCUUAUCCUUUGUGUUACUUUAAUAAUCUUCAACUGUACCAAAUCCAGCAGUCUUCUGCCACCUGAUACUUAUUCCAGUGUCAUCUGCUGAUGUAACUGUUUGAUUAUUUAUGUACUCUGUAAUUGGGCGCUUAUAAAUAAAGGAUAAUAAAUAGUAAUAACCUCAGAAAAUUAGAAUAUCGUGCAAAAGUUCAUUUAUUUCAGUAAUUCAAUUUAAAAGGUGAAACUAAUAUAUUAUAUAGACUAAUUACAUGCAAAGUGAGAUAUUUCAAGCCUUUAUUUGUUAUAAGUUUGAUGAUUGUGGCUUACAGUUUAAGAAAACCCCAAAUCCAAGGUCUCGGAAAAUUAGAAUAUUGUGAAAAGGUUCAAUUUUGUACGCUCAAAGUGUCACAC